UCUCGGUGCAGGCAGGUUGGCAGCAUGGCGAAAGGUUUCUUCAUCAGUAAAGCUGUUGGAAUAGCAGGGAUCUUCGUAGGAAUAGCUGCUCUCUCCACCAUCAUUGCUCUGUCUGUCGUUUACUCUCAGGAGAGAUCCAAAAACAACCAGGUAUCACCAACUGAUGGAGGAGGAGGAACCACCACUAAACCCACACCUACCCCUUCCAACGAGCCGUGGGACCAAUACCGGUUGCCAAAAACCCUGGUGCCGGACCACUACAAUGUGACUCUGUGGCCUCGACUGAAACCAGAUCCGACCACUCAGCUUUACAUCUUUACAGGGGUUUCAUCUGUGGAGUUUGAGUGCGUGGAAGACACAGACCUCAUUCUCAUCCACUCUAAUAAGCUGAACUACACCACCCUGGAAAAUGGGAAGUUCGCGAAACUCUCGGCCGUCAACAGUGCCAGCGUGCCGUCCAUCAGUUCCUCCUGGCUGCAGACGGAGACCCAGUACCUGGUGCUGCAGCUGGACGGUAAACUGGUGAAGGGCCAAAGGUACCAACUCUACACGGAGUUCACCGGAGAGCUGGCCGAUGAUCUGGGAGGUUUCUACAGGAGUGUGUACACGGAGAACGGAGUGCAGAAGGUUCUGGCGACCACCCAGAUGCAGCCCACAGACGCCAGGAAGGCUUUCCCCUGCUUCGACGAGCCGGCGCUGAAAGCUUAUUUCUUCAUCACUCUGAUCCACGAGCUGGAAACUGUGGCUCUGUCCAACGGCAGAGAAACGGGAACCACAACUGUCACUUUGGAUGGUCAAACGGUGCUAAAGACGGAAUUUGAACGCACAGAGAAGAUGUCCACCUACCUGCUGGCCUUCAUCGUCAGCGACUACGGCCACAUCAGCAGCACCAUCGACAAAGUCAACAUCCGGAUCUUUGCCCGGAAGCCCGCCAUCGCUGCCGGCCAAGGGGACUACGCUCUCAACAUAACCGGACCCAUUCUUAAAUUUUUUGAGAACUACUACAACUCCACGUACCCGCUGCCCAAAUCUGACCAGAUAGCCAUCCCUGAUUUUAACGCGGGAGCCAUGGAGAACUGGGGUCUGAUCACCUACAGAGAGACGGCGCUGCUGUACGACGAGGAGUUCUCCUCCAACUCCAACAAGGAGAGGAUCGCCACCAUCAUAGCUCACGAACUGGCCCACAUGUGGUUCGGUAACCUGGUCACUCUGCGCUGGUGGAACGACUUGUGGCUGAACGAAGGCUUUGCGUCGUACGUGGAGUACCUGGGAGCAGACAAGGCUGAACCCUCUUGGAACGUGAAAGACCUCAUCGUCCUUGGUGACGUCCACAGAGUUUUUGCUGUGGACGCUCUGACGUCGUCUCAUCCGCUGUCCUCCAAAGAAGAAGACAUCCAGAAACCAGCUCAGAUCAGCGAGCUUUUUGAUGCGAUCUCAUACAGCAAGGGAGCGUCUGUCCUCAGGAUGCUGUCAGACUUCCUGACUGAGGACGUCUUCACCAAAGGACUCCAGAGCUACCUGCAGCAGUUUGCUUUUGGGAACACCGUCUACACAGACCUGUGGAAGCACCUGCAGAUGGCCGUGGACACGAGUGCGGUCGACCUUCCCUCCAGUGUCAACGACAUCAUGAACACUUGGGUGCUGCAGAUGGGCUUCCCUGUGGUCACCAUUGAUACCUCCACCGGCCUCGUUUCCCAGAAGCACUUCCUGCUGGAUCCAGACGCUGAAGUUACCACUCCGUCUGAAUUCAACUAUGAGUGGAUCGUUCCAAUCAAAUGGAUGAAGACUGGAGCCGUCCAGAACCCCAAGUGGCUGUCGGCGAAAUCAGCUACCAUUAGCGAGAUGGUGACCGGUGGUUCUGACUGGUUGCUGGCCAACCUUGACGUGGUUGGUUACUACAGAGUCAACUACGACGACAGCAACUGGAGCAAACUGCUAAACGCUCUGAACACCAACCACAGCGUCAUCCCAGUGAUCAACAGAGCUCAGCUGGUGGACGAUGCCUUCAACCUGGCCAGAGCCAAGAUCAUCCCUACAGUGCAAGCGCUCGAAACCACCAUGUACCUGAAGAACGAGAGGGAUUACAUGCCGUGGGAGUCUGCUCUGAACAACCUGGACUUCUUCUUCCUGAUGUUCGAUCGCAGCGAAGUCUACGGACCCAUGCAGGAUUACCUGAGGAGUCAGGUCACCCCUCUGUUCCAGCAUUACAAAACCAUAACGUCGAACUGGUCCGAGGUACCAAAGGGACACAUGGACCAAUACAAUCAGGUGAAUGCCAUCAGCCUGGCCUGUAACACCGGUCUGAAGGAAUGUCAAGAUCUGGUCCAAGGGUGGUUCAAACAGUGGAUGGACACGGACAUCAACCCGAUCCACGCCAACCUGCGCUCCACUGUGUACUGUAACGCCAUCGCAGCGGGCGGCGCCACAGAGUGGAACUUUGCCUGGGAGAAGUUCAAGAACGCCACCAUCGCCAUCGAAGCCGAUAAACUGCGCGCCGCGUUGGCCUGCACCAAACAGCCGUGGCUGCUGAACAGGUAUCUGGAGUACACUGUGGAUCCGGACCAGAUCCGGAAGCAGGACGGUACCUCGACCAUCAUCUACAUCGCCCAGAACGUGGUCGGUCAGUCUCUGGCGUGGGACUUCGUCAGGGCUCGGUGGAAUUACAUCUUCACUCAGUACGGCGGUGGAUCCUUCUCCUUCUCCAACCUCAUCAACGGAGUCACAAAGCGCUUCUCCACAGAGUUUGAGCUCCAGCAGCUGAGGCAGUUCAAGGAGGACAACGCCGAGGUGGGCUUCGGGUCCGGGACUCUGGCGGUGGAUCAGUCCAUCGAGAGAACCCAAGCCAACAUGAAAUGGAUUGAGGAGAACAAAGCCAACGUUCUGAAAUGGUUCACUGAUGCAACAAAAGUCACGGCAUAAGCGUGAAAGCUUUUUAGUCCUAUUUAUUUCAUACGUAUGUGUCUUCUUCGUGAAAAAAAACCUUCUUUGGAGCAGAGCUUUAUACUUUUCGUGGUCCGAUGAAUUACCAAUGAAAUAUAAAGAAAACGUGACGUCUAAAGUUUCACAUGGGAUGAGAAAACAGUUGAUUUUGCUCCUUCUAACAUUUUCCUAAUUUGGUUUAAGAAAAGGAGGUUGUGCACAUUUCUUCAAGCACUAAUGAGUUUUCUCAUGUAUUUUCAGAGGAAUAACUGCUGUACAGUGGAUAAACUCAUAAUCAGCAUAAACUCAGAAGCUUCAUUGUCUCAGAAAUAAAUGUUUAAGCCAAUUUAUGGUUAGACUGGAAUAAUAUGCUGUAGCUUUUGUAUUAUUCAGUUAGUUUUGGUAAUGACAGCUGUCUUGAAACAUCGCAUCAGCCUGAACCAGCGGUGGUUUCUGUGCCGUACUGCCUGUAACUGGACAGAAAAUGAAUCUUAGUUUAAAACUGUUUUAACUGUGUAAAGCUUGACCUGAAGCCCUAGAUAUCUCAAGUUUAAGUUAAUAAAUGUAUGCAUUGAGUUUAUAAAUUGUGUUUACCGGC